AUGGAUCAAUUAUUCAAAACCUAUUUGAUCAUCUCCGAAGAUCCCGAGGUUGGCACGAACCAAACCGGGGAUAGGUUUUGGUGGCGCGUCUCUCGUCGGUACAAUGUAUACCGGCCGGCUGAAACCAUCAUGCGCAAUGAGAGAAUGGUGCGCAAUGCCAUAUUCAGAGCCAACGACGAAAUCCAAAAGUUCCAGGGGUAUUACCUCCAAGAAGAGCGGAUGGCGGGGAGCAGCAAGAGCGAGCUUGACAUCAUCAGUGCCGCCUUGGCGACCUACCAAUCCAUGAAUUUGAAACCGUUCAAGUACCUCAGUUGUUGGCAGGAGUCGCGCCAUCAUCCGAAGUAUAAGGGAGGCGUAGUAUCCUCCUCCAGCAAACGGUUGAGGUCGGUAGCCCUAUCCGACAGCGCCUCCGAUGAGGCGGCUACCCAGCUUGCCGGAACUAACUUGGGUAGCCCUGACGCUGGACCGAGCAGUUCUCGCCGGCCGCAAGGAAGGAAAAAGGCGAUGGCCAACCACCGUCGCGCUCCGACUCUAUCCGCCCCCAAUCCCGCUCCCGCUCCUGCUCCCUUUGUGCCACCUCAACCCCCGACCAACUCGUUGUGGACCCUCUUGGGUCAACUCAAUACGGCCGAUAGGUCUAACAUGACUCCCGACCAACUUGCAACACAUGUGGCAAUGAUACGGGGUCUCCGAAGAACAUUGGGGCUAGAGGACUAG